GGAACGGGAGUGUGAGGAGCCGGGCGGCGCUCGGCGGGGCCGGAGACAGGGGUCUGAGGCGCCUUUCGGUGCUCGCCCGCCCGCUCGCCCACACGCCCGGCUCCCACUCGCGCUCCGCACGUGGCGGGCGGCGCGCUCCGGCGUGUUUACAUUCCGCGGCCGCUCCACGUUGGGCCGCCGUCCUCUCCUGCCAUUGGCCGGCUCCUCAGCCGCCGCGUCGCUCGCUCCGCCCGGAGAGGCGGGUCCUCGGGAUCCCGCUCCCCGUGCUUCUGAGGAGACUCCGGUGUCCUCGCCCCCCCGCCCCCCCAGGCCUGUACGGGACCGCGGCGCCUCUCCCCAGAUGCGGAGCCGAACCGCAGCCCGACGCCCCGACGUGAGGGGAACGGGCGUGCGUGCGGGAGUCUGGCGGGCGACCGACAUGGGGGAGGAGCCUGGCGGCCGCGGCGCGCGCAGAGGUUUCAUAGUCCUCAAAGAAGAGAAUGUCAAGACGCAGUAGCCGUUUACAAGCUAAGCAGCAGCAUGCCCAGCCCAACCAGCCAGAUUCUCCACAAGAAGCCCAGAUAAUUCAGGCCAAGAAGAGAAAAACAGCACAGGAUGUCAAAAAAAGAAAAGAGGAGAUCACUAAGAAGCAUCAGUAUGAGAUUAGGAAUUGUUGGCCACCUGUACUGUCUGGAGGAAUCAGCCCUUGUAUUAUCAUUGAAACACCCCAUAAAGAAAUAGAAACAAGUGACUUCUCUAGAUUUACAAAUUACAGAUUUAAAAAUCUUUUUAUUAAUCCUUCACCUCUGCCAGAUUUAAGCUGGGCAUGUUCACAGGAGGUUUGGCAAAACAUGUUACAAAAGGAAAACAGAUAUGUGCAUGACAAACAUUUUGAAGUUCUGCAUUCUGACCUGGAACCACAGAUGAGGUCAAUACUUUUAGACUGGCUUUUAGAGGUCUGUGAAGUAUAUACUCUUCAUAGGGAGACAUUUUACCUUGCCCAAGACUUUUUUGAUAGGUUUAUGUUGACACAAAAGGAUGUAAAUAAAAAUAUGCUUCAACUCAUUGGGAUUACCUCACUGUUCAUUGCUUCCAAACUUGAGGAAAUCUACGCUCCCAAACUCCAAGAGUUUGCUUAUGUCACUGAUGGUGCUUGCAGUGAAGUAGAUAUCUUAAAGAUGGAACUCAAUAUAUUAAAGGCUUUAAAAUGGGAACUUUGUCCGGUAACAGUCAUCUCCUGGUUGAAUCUUUUUCUCCAAGUUGAUGCUGUUAAAGAUGUUCCUAAAGUUCUUCUACCUCAAUAUUCUCAGGAGACGUUCAUCCAGAUAGCUCAGCUUUUAGAUCUGUGCAUUCUAGCCAUCGAUUCCCUAGAAUUUCAAUACAGAAUUCUGGCUGCCGCUGCCUUAUGCCAUUUUACCUCCAUUGAGGUGGUUAAGAAAGCUGCAGGUUUGGAAUGGGAUGACAUCUCGGAAUGUGUAGACUGGAUGGUGCCCUUUGUCAGUGUUGUAAAAAGUGUAAGUCCAGUGAAGCUGAAGACUUUUAAGAAGAUAGCCAUGGAAGAUAGACACAAUAUCCAGACACACACGAAUUAUCUGGCUUUACUGAAUGAAGUAAACUAUGUGAACAUCUUCAGAAAAGGAGGGCAGUUGUCACCAGUAUGUAAUGGAGGUAUUAUGACACCACCGAAGAGUACUGAAAAACCACCAGUAAAACACUGAAGUUGGAAUUGAAAACACAAGUUGGAAUUGGACAAAUAAUGGAUAGUUUCAUAUAAAUGAGUUUUACAGGAAAGUAGUGCUUUGACUGUCCUUGUCUAAGGAGUUACACUGCCAUUCUUUUAUUUAAAAACUAUGUCAAUUUGGCACUAAAUGCCUAGGACGCACAAAACCCUGGGUUCAAUCCCCCAGCACUACAAAAGAAAGCAAAACAAAAAACUUCAAAAGAUUGGCACUAAAGAAAUAUUUCCUAUAAAAGAAGAACUUGUUUACAAAGGUGACUUCACUCCCACGGAUAGUGGAUGGAAGCCAACAAUUUAUGCUAUAGCAGUUGUUUCUGUUUGUUACUGUGUUUCUUUAAAAUCCAGUGUUACUGUGUUUCUUUUGAUAAAUUAGGGAUUUUAUCAUUGGAAUAUGGACUAGACUAGUGCUACCUUAAAGGAUACAUUAGCUGACACAACUUUGAAUCUAGAUUUUAUAUUCUUAAAUUCCUAUACUCUUGAAUGGUGCAAUUUGUUUCUUGAAAAUAAAAUUUAAGCUUAUUUACAAAGAUUGUUUUGUAAUAAAGUGACUAAUUUAUCUAAAGCUGUUUGUAGCAAACAAUGAUAAAACUUGAAUCUUUAUGAAAAAGUUCAAUCUGUUUUUAACUUGUUUGUUUGCCUUGCCAUAAUAUUUUUUGCCAUAAUAUUUUAAUCAGUAAGGCACUGAACCAAAUGUUUAAACUGCUCUAAAUGGGAGAACCAAAGAAAUUAUAAACAAAGAUAAGUGCUUUGGCUUCUUCUACUCUGGGGUUUUACUUGAUAGAAAGGUUGCUUUAUAAUCUUUUUGUGUAUCACAAUUUGGGUAAAAUUAAACACUUUUCCAAACUAUAUAAGAAAGUCACUUUAUUGCACUAAGAUAUCUCUAAGGCGCUUUAUGUUUGCAAAACUGGCGGUCCAUUUUUAAGCCCCAUAUUAUCAGAUGAGGACUGUAUCAACAUGGUAAAACUUUAACAUAUGACCUAAACUUCUAUUUUCUUAUGGCAGAAAAAUAUUAAAUGUAUACUGACUCCUAGAAAUUAUUUAUUUAAACUUGUAUAUAGAAUAGCUACUUAUACAUUAAAUAUUUUAAGUUAGCCUUUGAAAAGGAAAUUUGGGCCUAAAAAAAAAAGUUAAUUUCAUUAGAAAAAAGUGGUACCAGACUGCCAGAUUACCAAACAUGAACCUUGUCUCUUGUUGAAGAAAUUAUAAGCUAUUGUUAAGAUAUGUUUUUGUAUAAUUUUUGUUUAUAAACUAAUUUGUUUCAGUUUGUUUUGAUCUAAAAAGAAAACACCACUAAAUUGUACAUAUGUAUUAUAUAAACUUAAUCUUUUAAUACUGUUUACUUUUAGUCCACUGUUUAAAAAAUAAAAUUUAAAAAAAUUAACUAACUGCUUAAAAGUAAAGUUUUGCCAUUGCUUGUAGAAACUUCUUUUUCCUUCUCUGUGCUGCCAGCUGUAAUACUUCUUCAGGGUUGCUUGCAUUCAAUUCUGUUUGGCCAAUGGCUUUGAUCUUAAAACAGAAAAAGUAUUAUUAGAAGUUUGACUGAAAAACACUGUCAUAGUAGUACUUACAACUCAAAGUUAAAAUUAAAUCAAAUUAAAAACUACCGAAAAAAAUGG